AUGGACCGCAGCAUAAGAGAUAGCUCUGACCUUCUUGCACAAAAGCUGGUUCGAGCCUAUUCCAAUAGCCUCAAAAUGGAACACGACAAUAAUCCCAAGGACGAUACUGGGCGUCGGAAGCUCGAAGACGCCUUUGUUGAAGAGACUGAAUGUGAAGAAGCUUUGACAGCCCUCUUCCAGAGCCCGUCUCCAAGCUCUCGUGUUCCGCCCGAGCUUCAAGAGGAGUAUGAUAAACUGAAAGCUACGAUGGAGAAGUUCAAAUCCACUUUCCCGGAUAUUGCUGGUGGCGAUGUGCCUCUGAAGUCUGUCUCUUGGGCUUCUUUGCAUCAAACUGUUUCGAACCUGCAAACUCUCCACAAGAAAAGAUCGGGCAAAGCGAAGAAAGGGUUUCACGAAGUUUGCGCAACCAUCGGUAGCCACUUGACUUUCCUGAAGCUUAUUCCCCAGGGCGAAAACUAUACAGCACCGAUUUGUGGAUCUCUAGAGCUUAUCGUGAAGGCAUCUGCGAGGUAUGGACAAAUCGGUGAAGACUUCGCUACUGCCAUGCAAGAGAUUGACGACAUUGUUGGGUCAGUGGAGCGAGAAAUUUCUCUGGACCAAGAUCACGCAAUAAUCAAGUCGAGUAUCGUGUUGUCCUGUCGCAUCAUCGAGUUUGUAGCCAUGCCACUGAGGUGGCUCACUCAAAGCUCUCUGAAACGAGUGUUUACCUCAUUCAACGAGAACUACUCCAGCGAGUAUCAAGGUCAAAUCGACGAGAUCAGGCGUAUUUCCGAACAUAUUCAACGGGUCAGUGCAUUUCUUUCUGCGAGAAGAAUCAAGGAUAUGUCCCGGAUGGAACCCGAGCUGAAAAGACUUGUACACAUAACGAACUCGCUCCAUACAAAGUACUACGAGGAAAAGGAAGAAAGAACCGCACUUGCCAAACAAGUCGGGGAGCAGAUAGAGCGUAAGCUGCUGGACCACCAAAAGGAGUGGAAGGCAAGCUUCGUGACGCUAGCAGAUGACUUCUUGAGAAGGAUUGACCCCUCCGUUGGCGUGCCUAUAAAACAAAUCCUGGACAGAGGGGCACAGGACUUUGUGGAGGACAAGAUGGUGUCAGAAAGGCCAAACCAUAACCGUCCCGGAAUUCAGCCUCUUUCGAUGAGCGUGGACGGCUCCUCGUCAGAAGACCAGCCUUGCGAGACAGCUUACAGAACCGCCUGCGAAGUGAAGGAAGCCUCAGAUGCUCUGACCAAAUACUUCGACUUUAACCAGAUCGUUCCCGAGAUGGCAGAUGAAAACAUUCUUGGGUAUAUUCGGACCGCCCGUGGCAUCGUAUGGAAACACAGCUCGACUGCUGACUUUGCACUACGUUCGAGCAGCCAACAGCGCAAGAAUGCCGUGCCUCUCAUACUUCUGUGA